AUGAGCUCCUACUUUGUCAAUCCGCUGUACUCCAAGUACAAGGCGGCGGCGGCGGGGGAGGCCAUCAAUCCCCCGUACUACGACUGUCACUUCGCGCCCGAGGUGAGCGGCCGACACGCCGCGGCCGCCGCCGCCGCUGCUGCCGCCGCCCUAUUCUACGGAAACGGCGCGGCCGCCGGCGGCUUCCCGCACCCCGUGCCUGGCGGGGCGGGGGGCGGCGGCGGCGCUGCCGCGGACUUUUACCACCCGGCCGGGGGGAGCCCCACGGCCGCCUACCAGCCGCCUCCUCCUCCCCCCGCCGCGCCUCCGCCUCCUGCCCCCUGCAGCGGGGUUACCUGUCACGGGGAGCCCGCUAAAUUUUACGGAUACGAUAACUUACAGAGACAGCAGAUUUUUACGACACAGCAAGAGGCCGAGCUGGUACAAUAUCCUGACUGUAAAUCGUCCAGUGCUAAUAUUGGCGAGGAACCAGACCACUUAAAUCAGAGCUCGUCUCCUGCUCAAAUGUUUCCCUGGAUGAGACCACAAGCAGCGCCGGGUAGGAGGAGAGGAAGACAAACAUACAGCCGAUUCCAGACUUUAGAGCUGGAAAAGGAGUUCCUCUUUAACCCCUAUCUGACCAGGAAGAGGAGGAUCGAGGUGUCCCACGCACUAGGACUCACGGAGAGACAGGUAAAGAUCUGGUUUCAGAACAGAAGGAUGAAAUGGAAAAAAGAGAACAACAAGGACAAAUUCCCCGCUUCCAGACAGGAGGGAAAGGAAGGGGAGGCCAAAAAGGAAGCACAUGAUCUGGAAGAAGACAGAGCUGAAGGCCAGAUGAAUUAAAUUUUUCCCUCAAAGUAUUUGCGAAAGGCUAUAAAAAAAUAAUCAGCGCCAUAGACCGACAUCUCGGCACGUCUUCCCCUGUACGUGGUCCCGCCGUGGGACGAGUGACUCUGUGUCCCCCUGCUUGACAUUUUUCUGGCUCGGGUGCUUCAGUUGUUUGUGGUUUGGUUUUGUUUUUAACCGUACCCGAAACAAUCUCUAGAUUUAACAGUUCAUCUAAUUCUUUUGCAAAUUUGAAACAGAAUUUAUAGCAAUAAAUUUCUAAUGAUAUAUAUAGAGAUUUUUUUUUCAGUUUUAAAAGACUGUGAUUAUGGCAAACGACAUAAACUUCCUAAUAAUAACUACCAAUAAGUAAGACAUGUAAGAAUGCUUUAUUAAUCAAGAGAAGUGCACUUGUACUAUUUUAAUUCUUGUUUUUAUC